AUGUCCACUGAAGAACAUGACUAUGUAAUACCAGUUUGUAAAAGCUGCAUUGUAAGACAUUUUUACUAUAGCAACAGAUGUCCAAAAUGCAACAUAGUAGUACAUCAGACACAACCUCUUUAUAACAUAAGGUUGGACCGACAGUUACAGGACAUAGUGUACAAAUUAGUGAUCAAUCUAGAGGAAAGAGAAAAAAAGCAAAUGCAUGAUUUCUAUAAAGAAAGAGGUCUAGAAGUACCUAAACCUGCUGUUCCACAGCCAGUCCCUUCAAGCAAAGGAAGAUCUAAGAAAGCCUUAGAAUCAGUGUUUCGGAUUCCACCUGAACUUGAUAUGUCUUUAUUACUAGAAUUUAUUGGUGCUAAUGAAGGCACAGGACAUUUUAAGCCAUUAGAAAAGAAGUUUGUCAGAGUUUCAGGAGAAGCAACUAUUGGGCAUGUAGAAAAAUUUCUCAGAAGAAAAAUGGAUCUUGAUCCAGCUUGUCAGGUAGAUAUCAUCUGUGGCGAUCACUUGUUGGAGCGGUAUCAAACUCUAAGGGAAAUUCGACGUGCAAUAGGUGAUGCAGCAAUGCAGGCUAAUUGGUCUAGAGCAGAUCUGAUGGUCCAUGGGCCAAACAUGGAUGGUCUUCUGGUCCUUCAUUAUGGUCUUGUGGUUUCUCCUCUGAAAAUUACUUGAAGAUCCUAAGAGUAUCAGGAGGGAGGAGGGAAACAAAAUAAGAUGGCUUCUGCAGGAUUGCGUCUCACCAAAGAUUUUCACGAAACGUAAUUGCUAAGACAUAACAUCUGUUUUCAGCACCAAUCAUCAUAAUAUUCAUAAGUACAACUUGGAAUGAUGGAAUGCAUCUGUUUUACUAGCAACUAUAUAUAAAAAGCAUCCAUAUGUAGCUCAGGGGAAAAAUUUCAAAGUAUUGAAUUUUUAAAUUCCUUGUCAUUUCAAAUACUUUGAUAAUUGAUUUUGCUUUCUAAUCUUUGGUGUAAAUCGGUUACUCUUUUCUUCACUGAGCCAUAUCCCUUUUAAGUUGGUGGUUUGGAUUCUGCUCUCUGGAAUGGUAUCAGUUGGGCAGGAAAGAAGUAUGCUUUUAAAAUGAAGGUUCAAAACCAGUCUUUGUUAAACUAUACAGACCGUACCCCUCAGACAAAGACCAGAACUGUCGGCCACUUUUGUGUAUUGCCAUUGUAUUUUGAACUUUAAAUUUUUUUAUUUUAUUUUUUUUAACCAGCAGCACUACUAAAGAGAUGUCAUUCACUUCUAAAAGGGAUGUUACUAUUCUCUAUGAAGAGACUCUCCUAUAUGGUUUAUGGCCCAUACCAUAAGCCUUCAGUGUAAUAAAGACUUCCUUAACAUAUCUUACAACAAGGGGUGCCUCUUUGCAACAGUAUUUUUAUUCCUAGAAAGUUCAUUUGAUUAACAUUCGUUUUAUUUGAGUACAUAGUAUGAUUAUCGAUAACCUUGUAAUGAUGCUGCUUCUGGAAGUAAUAAAAUAUUUGAGAAGUUUACAGAAUACUUAUUGUUUCCUCAGUAAGUCAGUUUAAUGUUCAUUUUUCCAUUACUUUGUCACUGGGAUAAAGAAUACGGGUGUUUGAGACCUCACUCACUUGCAUACAGAGAUUUCAGUUUUAAACAUUAUUUUGCCUAACAGUAGCUUUUUGGUAGUUUUCUAAAAGAACUGUUUUAUAGAUCCUGUUUCACUACAAAAUUUCCAGUUCUGCAUAGAAACCAUUACAAUUGGGUAAAGAUUAGCAAUUGUUUUAUAAAGGAUUUGUUAAUUGUGAUAAAUCUCUUCUAACAUUUAAUAAAAAUGUUUAAAUAAAAAUUUAUUUUAACGUA